AUGCUGGGAUAUUGUCUGUUGAUCUUGCACCUGGUGUCAAGUAUUUUGGCAACACCAGGAGCAGUUCUAGCAGAAUAUCAGGACAGCCUUGGUCAAUAUAGUUUUGGAUACAGCAGCCCAGAAUCAGCGAGAUCGGAAGUUAGAUCAGCAGAUGGAAAGACAAGGGGUGAAUUUAGUUUUGUAGAUGCUGCUGGAAUUAUCCAGACUGCCAAAUACACUGCAGACAGUGAGAAUGGUUUUCGCAUUGAAGCUACGUAUUUGGCAGAAGCACCACAUGAUACACCGGAUGUUGUUGCUGCACGUGAAGAGCAUCUUAAGGCCAUUGCAGAGGCUAAAAAAAUUACCAAAAUUGAAAGGUCCAAAGAUGCAUUAAAAAAUAAUGACGGGACAGUUAACAAGUUGGAAGUUUCGACAAAUAAUCAUGAGAAGGAACAAACUCUGCAUAUGACGUUGAACGAGAAAAAAAUAAUGCCAGUAGAGGAACAAAAAUUGACGCACCAAAUCGAUAGCAAUACGAAAUUACCGGAAAAGGAACACAUCGAAAGAUCAAAAUUACAUCAGCAAGCGUCGGGGGUGUUGAGUUUAACAGUCGAAAAAAGUAACGUAAACCUUCAAAGCCAGUCAGAAGUCCAACCAACGGGCUUCACACCUAAGACACCGCUUACUACAAUCCUGCAAGAAAUCCCUCCAGGUAAUAUUUUUGCCGAAGGAAAAAAUACCAGGGGAGAUGCUGACGUUGCGACUACAUUUGUUGGAUACUCGCCGUAUUCGUCGAUCUACACCGAAUUCCUUCAUCCGUAUGCUCCUUAUAAUGUUAAACCUGCCAUUACCCAAUUUUUCUGAGCCAUCGCCUUUCCCAUUAAUCGCAAAUGGUACGAAAAGAAGUUGUAUUUUGAUGAAUACGACGAAUGAAAUUUCCAUCUCGAAUCUAUGGACUUUUGUAUUUGUUUUUUAAAUACAAUUUCUUUUUAAACUUGAUGAUACUUGUUCUUUUAUUUUGUUUACAAAAAUGAAACUAAGGUGAACAAAUUUAUUUUUCUCCUCUGAUCCAUCUCCACAAUCAUAUAAUUGUAACAUAUAAAAUCUUACUCAUGAACUGAACGUAGAAUACGAACCACUUUCUGUAA